UGCGCGUCGAAAGCAAACCAACCAACCAAGCAGCAAGCAGCCAGCAAUCAGCAGCCAUCAGCAGUCAAAUCGCUCGCCUUUUAACGGUUUAAAAAACGCUUUUCAAAUCGAAUUCUUGUGUGGUCUCUUCGAACUCAGUUUUUAGACAAAAAUUUCAAAUUUGUUUAAGAAUAAAAAGAGUAAUUAAAAUUUUUUGCAUUUUCACUCAAGAAUUUGUCAUUUUCUGUCGAUAACGAUUUUGCUGUUUGUGCAUCGUUUAAUUGGAAAAGUUUUUGAAGCACUUUUUACGCGAGUUUUUCCGCGUUUUCAGUCUCAUUUAAAGUAGAACAAAUACGUAAGAGGAUUUUGCGGUGCAAUCAAAUCUAACAUAUACAGUUUCAGUUUCUGUUCCAGUUCCAGUGCUGAUAAUAAAAAUAUUUUUUAUCAAUCGACGAAUCGUUCUGUAAACGGUAAACGUGCGUAAAUAAACUUUGCAUUCAAUUUAAUCGUCACAUUAACUGACAACCACAGCAGUAAUUAAUACAAACAGUUACAACAAACUCCAAAAUGAUCCACUUCAAGUCACAGAUGAGCUACGGCUGCGCUUUGGCCACAUUCAGCUUAAGUCUUCUACUGCUGCAGCACUCCAGCGCCGAACUAACCACAGUUCAAGGUGCUCCAAUCAACAAUCUGUACGAUAAUCUGCUGCAGCGUGAGUAUGCUGGGCCAAUUGUCUUUCCGAAUCAUCAAGUGGAGCGCAAGGCGCAGCGUUCGCCAUCACUGCGACUGCGCUUUGGACGCAGCGAUCCGGAAAUGUUAAAUAACAUUGUGGAGAAGCGUUGGUUCGGCGAUGUCAACCAGAAGCCCAUCAGGUCGCCAUCGUUGCGACUGCGUUUUGGUCGACGCAGCGAUCCCAAUUUACCCCAAAUGCGUCGCACAAUCUACGAUGAUCUCCUGGAGCGUCAAUUGAAUCUGAACAGCCAACAACUGAACCAGCAACCAGCUACGGCUGAUGAAGUGGAACUAACCGAUGACUAUGAUACCGCCUUUGAGCGUGUUGUGCGCAAGCCACAGCGUCUGCGUUGGGGUCGUAGUGUGGGCAACAAUAUUCUGGAUAAGAAUCAGAGAGAGCGUGCUCAACUGGAUCGUGACAUGACUCGUUGGUUGUUGUUGGCUCUGCAGCAACAAUAUGAUUUCCCAUCUGCUAAUGGCUCAGUUGAGGACAUCGAAGAGGAUCAGGACGACAACAGCUCAGAGUUCCAGCGUGAAGCUCGCAAGCCAAUGCGUUUGCGUUGGGGACGCAGCACUGGCAAAGCUCCCUCAGAGCAGAAGGCUGCUGAGACUGCGUCUGUCGCCCCAAAGACAGAGAAUUAAAUUGAGCAACGUCAUGAAACUUAAAAAUGGAAAUGGUUAUGGAACAAAAGGACUACAGGACAAAUGAUAAUGGCAACAACAACAACAACAACA